AGGGGCAGGGAAACAUGCCCCUCUUUGCCUCUCAUUCUGACGCACAAAGACAAGCAAAACACACACGCGCGCACGCACAUUUUCAAAGCCAACUGCUUUUCAAAGUCUGCCUAUUAGCUAAAGAGAUUACAUCUGGGGUCCUGAACCAAAUAAAUAAGAAGGGGCUCUUCAAGCUCACCAGUGGAUUGUACGUGGGAGAGACGGAGGAGGUGAGAAGUGAGGCGGUUCCCCACAGAGGUGUUUUGAGUUAUGGAUGAUGACACAUUCCUUUCGGACACGAGGGGAACCAGAUCUAGUCUGAAAAGCAGCAGCAGAAGCAACCACAGACGCUUGGGGCUUCACCUUCAGCCAGCACCCUUUCUCUCCUACACCUCUUCAGCAUGUACCUUUCUGUGAGGGUCUUCCCAGUCCUCCGAGCUCCAGUACAAUGUGCAAAUGGAAAGUGACUAAGGGUGCCUCAGCCUGGUUUCGUCUGUCCUGCCUUUCCCUUCUGCUGCUUCUUCUCCUGUGUUCGGUGCUGCCCGUGGCCUGCCAUGACAACCACAGGGCCGUGCGUGCCCCGAGGGGCGCCAACACCUUGUCCCCGGCGGUGGUCGGGCGGCAUGUGCGCAGCUACAACCACCUCACGGGGGACGUGCGGAGGAGGAAACUCUUCUCAUACCAGAAGUUCUUUCUCAGGAUCGAUAAAAACGGAAAAGUCAACGGCACCAAAAGCAAGGAUGAUCCGUACAGUACACUCGAAAUCAAGUCUGUGGAUGUGGGCAUCGUUGCCAUCAAGGGGAUUCAAAGCAAUUACUACCUUGCAAUUAACAAGAAAGGGGUGGUCUACGGGGCGAAGGAUUUCGGCAUUGACUGCAAGCUGAUAGAGCGGAUAGAGGAGAACAGGUACAACACCUAUGCCUCCGCAGAGUGGAGGAAUAAGAAAAAGCCCAUGUUCGUUGGCCUAAGUGCCAACGGAAGGCCAAUGAGAGCCAAAAAGACCCGAAGAAAAAACACAGCCACACACUUCCUCCCCAUUCCGAUUGUGUAGCAACAACCUCACUAAAGUGAACAUUUAACUGCACUGAGGAAAGACUUGGAUUUGUCUACAGUAUAAAGGGAACAGUUUGGAGAAGAAGGCACUAUGUAAAGGAACUAAGAGAACUCAUUUUCAGAGUCAGAAUGUUGUCACAUAUUUGUUUUUAAGUUAUUGGCACCAGGGAAAAAAUAUUGGACAUUUUUAAUGCCAAACCUUUUUCUAGCGAAGGAAAGGUUGGACCAAAAUUGCCGGAGAGGAAUCGGACAUUGCCGCCCGCAACCUCCCAGAAUUAACUGAGGAGACCUUUCACAGAGUGUAUUGCUUGUGUGUAUUUGUGUGUGUGACCUUUGGAUGCAGUAAUUUAUGCUGUACUAACUCAUAAGAGACACUCUAAUGGACUCAGUGGACUGAAAGUUAUGCAAACAGUUACUGGAAGCACUUGCUCCAAGGUGCAAGACAGAGAGGCAGAGACGGAGACCCAGCAUCCUUCGAUCAGAAUUUAGUCAAGCUAGCACCAUAGUGUAAACAACUCUAACAUUAUUAACAUGCAAAAGCCACUGUAUUUGUUAUCUCCAUUCUUUACCUGACUGCUUUUUAAUAAAUUAUUUAUUUUAUGUAAUAUUUAAAGGAAAAGCAAAGACAAAAAACAAACAAACAAACCAAAAAAAAAAAAAAAACAUGGAAUGGACUUUUUUUUUUUUA